AUGGUUCUUCGUCUUACGAUAUCCAGAAAUCGCCAUGCUUUCCAAGUUGCUCAAAAGCAUUUCUCAAUGAUGGCUACCAGGCGAAAGCCAUCACUUCGGCGUGGCUGUGCUCUUCGAUUGCAAUCUUCUUCUCCACAACCACCAGAAAAACGCAAUUGGCCUCUUUUGAUUUCAGUAUUGACCAUUCCUACCAUGUUCCUAGCCUGGGGUGCUUCCGACUCUAUCUUUGGCAAUCGGCAAAUCGGUGAAAACAACAAAUUGAGAGAAGAAUUCCUCGCCAAUCCAAUGGAACGACAACGGGACGAAGAUCUUCCAGUAAUCUGUUUUUGUGUCGUCCGUAGAGUAAGCAAGGGGAAUCAUUGUUUAGUUGGCGUUCAACUGGCUGAUGUGGUCGAAGUCUUGGCCGAAGGAGUCGGACCUCAACGACAAUACAACUUGUGCCGAUUGCCCGCCAAUCCUGACGAGCCACUGUCGACCGAUGUCUAUGGAUGGUUCCCAACACGGAACUUGCAAAAGUUGGACGAUUACCAUCGAAUGGUACAAGCACAAAAGAAAUUGUUGGGAGAGGAUAAAGAAGGAGACUGA